UUCGGUGACAGACAGGACAGGUGCCGCAGCCGCGCUUCUUCGUGAUGCAGACAUGGCUUCCAGCCUUUGUGCAAGCUGCUCGCGUCUCCUCAGGGAAUUCGCUGCUCAUUUGAGGAACAUUUGCAGAAAGUUUGAGCAGAAAGUGAGGGACAUUUUCAGGGAGCUGUGUGAGUGCACGUGUCUCAGGAUUACACCCGAGAGGAGUAUACUGAGGAGGAGGACUCAGGUGUUCCAGUCACUGCACCUCCUGUAUGAGGAUGACAGCAGACUCCUCAGUCAGGACGGUCUACGAGCAGUGGGCAGACUCUCCGCCUCAGAAAACACCGAUCUGCAGAUGACAGCUGCUGUGUAUUAUUUACAUGUCAGUCAUCGCUUGAAAUCUCACUUACCCGAUGACUACAUGGAACCAGUCAUGGCUUUACUUUUAUCAACGGACCUGAAUGUGCAGAAGACCAUCUCUCUGGCUUUGGUCAAUCUGUUGGCAAAGAAUAAUGUGUGUAAAGACUUGGUGAUUGACAUGGGGAUGCUGGUGCCCAUACUGGAGUUGUUCCAGUCGGGUGAUGCAGCCGCUCAGUGUCACUCGUGUGCCUGUGUCGCCAUGCUGGCCUCCUCAGAAUCAAACAGAGACGUUAUCAUCGUGGAUGGAAUCAUUCCACUGUUGGGGUUGGCAAAAUCGUACGAGCCACAACUGCAACUGAACGCGACCUGGGCUCUGCUUCACCUCACACAGUCAGAUUGGUCAGUGAGGCUGUUGUGUGAAGCAGGAGCGAUCCCCGUCUUGGUUCUUCUGCUGCAGUCCUCGGAUUCAGAGGUUCAGUUCUGCAGCUGCUCUGCUCUGCGCAACAUCGCCGCUGUCCAGGAGCAUCACCCCAGGCUGCUUAGCAUCGGGGGACAUUAUUUGUUAAAGUCUCUUUUGACUCUCAUGUCUUCCUCUGUGCAGAAGAAUUCAGCUCAAGCCUGCAGAUGCCUACAAGCGCUCUCAAAGAAUGUUGUGAUCCAGGAGCAGCUGAUGGAGCUCGACUGUGUCCUGCCCCUGAAGACGCUCCUGAAAACCAGCACUGCUGCAUUUACAGAGCCAGCUGUAACGCUCCUCUCUGCACUGUCAGCACAUCCACCAAAUAAUGACGUCCUUGUGGGUGAAGGACUGUUGGAUGAAAUCGGUCAGCUGCUUCAUCAUCAGAGGUCCAGCACUGCUAUCAUCACCCACAGCUGUGUGAUCAUAACUAACCUGUGCAGCUCCUGUGUUGGCCAGCAGGCCGUGAUGGAAAGUCGGUGUUUAUCGGGACUCCUCCAGGCCCUUCGGUCUCCUGCUCUGUCAGAUGACACCAUGCUGCAUGUGGCUUCAUGCUUAUAUCACCUAAUGACCUGGGAUCUACUGAGGUCUAAACUGUCGACAGCAAUAACAGCAGAACAAGUUUCAGGACUGGUGAAGCUGUCUGGACAAAUUAAAAAUCCUCCGUUAUCCUUUAACUGUGCAGCCAUCGUGAGCAAACUACAAAUGACUGAUGAGAUCGCGGGGAUGCUGAGACCUCACUACGUUACCAUGUCCCAGUACCUGCUGCUGUUCCUGAAAAAGGAGGAUGUUAAAUUCCAGCAGCUCGGUAUAGUUACAAUAUUCACCCUCAAAACAGAUGGAGACUUUUCCUCUCUGCUGGUGGACAGUGAGCUGGAGCUGCAGCUCAGGAAGAUGCGUUUACAGACCGAGGAAACACGGCGGCUGCUGCAAAUGAUUCAUCCUCUGUAACUGUAU